AUGAUGUCUACUAUGUAUGACUCGGAUGAUGCCUUUAAUCGGUCGCCUCCAAUGGAGGCGAUGAAACCCAAUUAUGGAGAGAAGGAACCAUCACCACCGCCGUUUGUUUCGGCCGAAAAAGAUGCCGACGCAAUUGGUUCCCGUAAGCCCAACCAGCCGGAACCUCAGAGCUCAACCCGUGAGGGCGACCGAGUGCUGAUGGGGUUUCUAGCUCCGAACCACCCCGAGAUCGCUGUGGCGGCAAGGAAUUCUCCAUUGGAACUAUUACCUGGGAAUCUCAAAAAUUAUAAACAACCACCGGACUUCGAUCCCAGGGAUCCAAAGAAGUCAAAUCCAUUCGCAAGGAGUGGACCUCCACCAAAGGAAUUACUGGAUCUCCAGGAAAGCUCAGGCUCGGCCUCACAUAAGGGGACCGAGAAGAAACCUCUGUUGGAAUCGCCUCCAGUCCCAAUACAGCCACAGCCAGAUGUUAAGAUUAAAAAUGAGGUUCAACAUGUUCGACUUCAAUCAUUCAGUGGCCCGAGCCCACGACCACAAGGGUUGCCCUAUCUCAAAACUUCUCCGGAAAACGAGCCCCCAAUUCCUCUCCCAUCGCUAAAAUUGAGUGAACCAUCUUCUGGAUCAAGUCUCGCAAAAUCACCAGAUGCCAGCAAUAAGCAAACACUGCCGUCUAUCCACAAAGCUAUCAGCGAACUGUCAGAUUUCGAUCCACCACCAGUCAACACAAUGCCAUCACCCUUCGCCUUCUCCUCGUGUCCUACAUCAACUACAUCAGGGAACGAUUCUCCAUUUGACCGUGCUUUUCCAGGAAAGUUUUCCAUCCCUGCAAGUCCUUUUUCUCACUUUUCCCCGGUGAGCAUGAAGGACUCAUCUACCAACCCUUCUCCAGCCUCGCACUCGUCCUUUUGGCGCGGACCUCCUCAUUCUGAGAUGCUAUCCGCCCAGACCCCAUAUGAAGCUUCCCCUAUGACUGCCAAAAGCCCAGCGACCAGUUAUCCUACGCCAACGGAACAGGUUGGUGCUGGUAUGGGUGAUCGGCAUUCGCUUGCGGCGUCCACUCCCCAGGCCAAUGGAGGCCCCGUGGGUAGUUAUAAGUGCACACAUGCUGGAUGCACUGCUGCGCCCUUCCAAACUCAGUAUCUUCUCAACUCGCACGCAAACGUGCACUCACAAGACCGUCCACAUUUCUGCCCGGUAGAGGGCUGCCCACGCGCACUAGGUGGGAAAGGUUUCAAGCGCAAGAAUGAAAUGAUGCGCCAUGGACUCGUGCACAACUCCCCGGGCUACGUCUGUCCAUUCUGUCCAGACCAGCAACACAAAUACCCGCGACCCGACAAUCUUCAACGACAUGUUCGUGUACACCACGUCGACAAAAACAAAGACGAUCCCAUUCUCCGACAGGUUCUCGCGCAAAGGCCGCUUGGUAGCGCUCGCGGGAGAAAACGAAGGAUGAACAAUACAUGA